CGUCAAAAUCGCAUCAAGCGCUGAACGAAUGGGACAAAGGACAGCUCAAAAUCGCCUAAACCUACCCGUCACGUCAAGGAAGGCCUCACUACAGCCUAGCUCUGAUCUUCCCUCCCUCCUGAAAAAAACCAACCGACGGUUGUCGGCCGCUCACCGACAUGGCGGCCACACCCCCAUUGAUGGCCUGGCCUUCGCCAAUCCCCUCGGACAAUCGUGUCUGUAGGACAGCCGUGUGCUGCUCCUGAUGGUGCUGCGGCAAAGAGGAGGACACAAGGUCAACAAGGGAACUCAUGCCAUACGCAGGGGGCGCCGCCUGACACAGGCACCGCACACAAAGAAUGAGGGUCCAUGGGCUGCACCCCUUGUGUCGCUUUCUUUGUCUGUCUGUCUGUCUAUCUGUCUCACUCACUGUAUCUUUGACGGUGGCGGGGUUGAGUUUGUGGCCGAGGAUGAACUGCUUGCCCAUCCACUUCUGGUGCCACUCGAUCAUCGCGUCCACGGCAGGCGUCGACACACCCAGCAUCUCCGCUAUGCCCUUCAACACACACAGACCUGCGCAGCGCAGCGCACCGCACGGCGAUCCAUCCAGCCAGCCAGCCAUGUGGUGUGUGGCAUGCACGAUGCGUGUGUGGUCGUACCUACCGUAGGGAAUGUCCUCCCAGAAGAGACGCGAGUCGACGUCAGGGAGGUACCCCAACACCUUGCCGGCACCAUCUGCAAACCCAACAAACGGCAGGCACCACACGCCAGCCAUCCCAUCCUUGUGUGUCAUGGUCAUGGUAUGUGUUGUAUUAUAUAAUAGCUUGGAUGAUCGUCUCGUUCCUUUAAAGGUCUCACCCACCCCACCUUGCUCACCGUGGAGGCAUUUGGUGGGCGUGACGCAUCCUUGGUAGCCUCGAUUGGACACGAAGAUCAUCUUCAGGCUGGAUCGAUCGGACACGUCAGAUCCUGAUCCGCACACACCAAACCAAGCAGUGCAGUCCCAGAACACUUACAUCAACUCGUCCACGCCACGCACUUGUUUGCUGACCAUACCAUAUUGCCUGAUGACGCGCUCCCCCAGCGGCAGCACAAGGGAGAGGUCGAGUGCGGGGAAGUGACCCAACAGCCGAUGCUUCACCGCCUGAAGCUCCUGUAAGUCAACAGGGGGGGAAAAAAGAACUAGUGAGGGCAUCCGUCUGUUCCGUGUGUGUGUGUGUGGCUGGGUGGGGUGCUCACUUGGUCGAGUCUGUCAAGCCACAUGGCCGACAGGUCGUCCAUGUCGCUGUAAAGCCCCCAGGGUAUCUCAUCACGGCCGUACACGCGACGGCCGUCCCACUCAUUGAAGAUGCCGUAGUACCUAGAAGACCACACAGAAACACACACACACACACACAGACCAGGAGAGAGAGAGCGGGGUCACUCUUGCCGUGUGGGGGCAUGCCGGUGGGUGGGGGGGUUGCUACCGUGCCGGGUGGAUGAUUUGGUUGGACGGUGUGAGCGUCAAUGUCAAGAAGUUGGGCACCGUUCCUGAACACACACAAAGAGGCCUCCCCCACUUAAAUGAACGUGUGUGUGGUGCCAGCCCACCCGUGGGAAUGUCGAACAGCAGUGACAUCAGGCAGGCCACCGUCCGGCUCUUCUCCACAGGACACGACGCUACCCACAGGUUCUUCUUCGGACCCAAAAUGCGCGCCUCGCGACCAUACACCGUUUUCUUGCAUAUCUGUCAUCAAACACGGAUAUGGCGUGGUGAUCGUCCCCAUUUGCCUUCUUCCCCUAGCCCACCGACCGACCCACCGACCCAAGGAAUGUUCUGCAGUCCAAACAGCGCCUCCACUCUGGUGAGGUCGCCGAUGGCCGCCCGAGCGGCCCAGUCGAAGCCGCCCUGCGCAUACAGCGCCCCAAGGAGAGUCCUCCUGGUGCGGCUGAUGUGGGGUGCGAUCUUGUGCAGGAUGGGGGGAUGGGUGUGCGCGGGUGCAGCCACGAUGACCAGAUCAGAGUCGGGAAUGACAGCGCUUGGGUCGUCUGUCACCCUGACGAACGAACGAACGGAUUGGCACAGAUGUGCUGCAGGUCAUCACAUCUGUGGUUACGUGUGCAGUGUGCCGUUGAUGGUUCCUUUGCUCUCCUGCAGAUGAAGACAAUAAAUACCAACACAGAAAGCCCAGCCCCAUGUAGCAAUGAGCAUCGGGUGACUUGUUGACUUGUUGUGGAUGGAUGGGAAGCUAGCUGACUGACCCAGCUGGACCCCUUGGUGACGAUCUUGAUAGAGCGGCUCCACUCAUCCGGUCGCCGAGUCAACACAUUCACCUUCAACGCUGAUGGACGCACACCACCAACAACACAGACAGCGAUGCCAUCCAUCAUCCUCUGUUGUCGUGAUUCCUUACCUGGUUUGGAAGCCAGGUACCCCGCCGCCACGUGCGCCCCGUUGCCCCCGCCGCACACAGUGACGGUCAGCGAGGCGGGCAGCACAUCCAUACUGUCCAUAUCAUGAUGUCGAUGACUCAUGUUCCCGGCGGCGUGCAGAACAGGCAGGUAGAGUAGAUGAUCAUCAACCAGUCAAUCAGUCAAUCAGUCAAACAAUCAGACUGCAGUAGGCAUGACAGUGAGUGUCAUGAGGGCCAGCGUGACGUCUGCGGCACGAAGAUCUUCACGUCAAUACAUCGGGCAUGGACCUGCAACACAACACAGCCACCCGAGCAGCAAAGCAAAAGAAGAGAGAGAAGGGAGAUAACCUGUGCACUGCACUCAUCGUUGCUCAUUGAAGCUCUCUCAUCUGCUUUGCUUGCCAUGUCCAGAUUUGGUCUGCAGGUGGAGAGCGCCGUACACCAUCCUGACGGAGGCCACGAAGCAAGCAACUUGAAAGAUCUGACAGGAAACCGACUUCUGCCUGCUACUGCAAAGCAGCU